CGCAUAUCGCAUCUCUCGCGCCCUACUAACGCAGCAGCAUCACCACCCGAUAUCGCUUUCGUUGCAUGUCUACCGCGCAGUAGUCUUACGUCGCCAUCAUGCCAGAGGACGACAAGUAUGAUGUGCUCGAGAAAAUUGGACAUGGCUCCUUUGGGAUCAUCCGAAAAGUCAAGCGCAAGUCCGAUGGCUACAUCUUGUGCCGCAAAGAGAUCAGCUACUGCAAGAUGUCGCAGAAGGAGCGCGAGCAGCUGCAGGCCGAGCUGUCCAUCCUCAAGGAAUUGCGCCACCCCAACAUCGUCGCUUACUUCGAGCGUGACCACAUCAAGGCGAGCCAGGACCUACAUCUAUACAUGGAAUACUGCGGCAAUGGAGAUCUGGGGCGUGUCAUCCGUGACCUGAAGAACAAGAACCUGGUGUGUGAGGAGGAAUUCGUCUGGAGCAUCUUCAGCCAGAUCAUCAGCGCCCUGUACCGCUGCCAUUACGGCGAGGACCCGCCCGCUGCGGGCCGCAAUGUCAUGGGCCUGGCUGCCAACGCAAAGCCGUCCCGUGACGCGCGCUCGAAGCCCAUGAUUCUGCACCGUGACUUGAAGCCUGAGAACAUCUUCCUCGGCGACGACAACUCGGUCAAGCUCGGUGACUUCGGUCUCUCCAAAAUCCUCCAAUCGCACGACUUCGCGUCCACCUACGUCGGCACCCCCUUCUACAUGUCGCCAGAAAUCUGCAAGGCCGAGCAGUACGGCCCCCAUUCAGACAUCUGGGCCCUGGGAUGUAUAAUAUACGAGAUGUGCGCGAAGCAACCGCCGUUCAAUGCGAAGACACAUUUCGACCUCAUCCAGAAGAUCAAGUCCGGCCGAUACCCAGACAUACCCGCAUGCUACUCCGCCGAGCUGCGUAAAGUCAUUGCCAGUUGCCUGCAGGUCACCCCUGACCACCGACCAGAUACCGCCGCGCUGCUGAACCUGCCAAUCGUCAAAUUGAUGCGCAAGGAGGCGGAAGUAGUCAAGCUGGGACAAGACCUGAAGGAGCAGAGAAGGCUGGCUGCACACAGAGAACAAGAGGCCGCCAUCACCAUUGAGCGUAUGCGCAAAGAUAUUGAUGACCAGCUGCGUCGAGAGUGGGAAGUCAAGGCUCGCCUGGAGAUCGAACGCCAGGUCAAAAUACAGACAGAGGAGCGAGUCCAGAAAGAGUUGGCUCACUUACAGGCCGAGUUCGAGAAAGAGGUUCAGAAACGUGUCAAAGAUGCGCUCAAGAAACACCCCAAGCGUCCCAGCUCGUCACCGAAACUCGCCCCGCGAUCGAAUACCCCAGUCAUGCACCCGGCACCCGAGCACGAGCUGCUCUUCCCUGCUGACACCGAAGCGACUGUCGUGAGUGGGUCGACAAGCACACUCGGUACCAAUUCUGGCUUUGGCAGCGGCACUGACAUCUCUGCUCUGUCGCUCGAGGAUUCUCCAGAACAUCCAGAGCACGUUACAAUCACAGCUAAGCUCAAACGCCCUACUCGUGCUCCUAUCUCUCGCGCCCGCACGAUGUUCGCACCCAAUGCUCCUGCGUCGCCCGUAGACGUCCAGAUGGGCGAACCCUCCCCAGCACCAGCUUCUCUCGCGGGUCUCUCACUCUCGCCCCGGAAAAUCGUCUCUCGUCACAACAUCUUUGCUGCCGCUAGAGACGGAGCCAAGAAAUGGGAGGCUGAAGUACCGCCUUCGCCGACUGAGGAGGAGUGGAACGGCGACUUCGACGACGAUGACGACCUCCCCGUUCUUCCGUCUCCCACACGCGCUCGCAGUGCUAACGGCAACCGCUCCGCGAAUGACGACCCCUUCAAGGUCCUGGCCAAUGCGGCGCGCCCACUCGCCAAACCUUACAGCCGCCUGGGCAGCACACCAAGCCUCGAACCUAUUAGGAAGCCUCGACCCGUUUCGGCAGUUCCAAUCAUUGCCACAUCACCCAGUCGACCGAAGUCGAAGUCCACCGAGGGGCUCUCCCCAUCACCGCGAAGGACCCACCUGCAGCCCACCGCUGCUUCAGCAGCACGUUCUGAGCCUGCUGUUGGGCUGAAGUCGAAGAAGGGUAACGAAGCGAUCCGUAUACAGGCAAUGCGUAACAAUGGCGGAGUCCAGGGCCGCACACUAGUGGAGCUCCAGCAAGCAAGAGGCAUCCCCGUCCAGACUAUGAGUGACGACGAGGGCAUCAGGAAGCGAGGAUUUGGGUAUAGGAGCCCGAUCAAGCUAAAGAGUAAGGAGCCUGCAGUCUGGGAUCCAGAAGUCGAGACGGAGAUGCCCAGUCCGUUCAUCGUAAGGAGUAAAAGGAUAGUGCGGUGAGGCGGUCACCGAGUAAUGACGAUUGACGAACCAUGAUUUUGGCAUGUUUGGAUACCUCGGGAACAGGAGGGUGGCUUACUGCAUAGACAGAUCCGCCAGAGAGCGUGGUGUGAGAACGUUGGAUUGACUUUGAUCGUCCCUACUAUGGCUCUGUCCAGUGGCGUUCUGUACAGCAUUUUUGUAACUUCAUUUCAGCACGCAUAUUAGCAUCUUUCGGCGACAUCUACGAUGGGUGGGCGUUUGGUACAGCAUUCGGUGGAGCGGGCUUGCUCCCUUAGAGACUUUGUAUUGGAGGGUAUUAUUUGUUCGAAAUGCUACCACGACUUAUACUUCUAUCCAAUCUUCCGA